AGAAAGGUGUUCAAGUGUCGCAUUUAGUAAAAGUAUAUAUUUUUUGGAGACAAUUAUUUUUGUCGCGCGUUGCAUCUAUGUGAAUGAAAAAAAGACGUCGUUUGCAUUUUUUUCCGAAAUUUUGCUGAUUCAUGAGAAAAUGCACUGUAUGGUUAUAUAUAUUUAUUUCUAAAAAUAUCAUUGGUUGUUUAAAGUCUGGUCGAUUGAAUAGUAGCAUCUGGUUGUAUAAAAUAGGAAUAAGAGAUAUUAUUAAGUGGUCAAAAAAGCGAGAGAAAUAUGUGGUCAAAUCUACCGUCGAACUUACAUAAACAGCAAUUUUAUUGUUGUUGUAUGUAAAUUACAGUAAAUUUAUUUCAAAGACAUUUUGACAUUUCAUAUUCGAUUAGAAUUAAAACACAUAUUCAGAAGCACAUUUCACUGAUAACAGUCCAAAUGGCUGAAUAUAAAAUGCGCGAUACUUUUUUUACGUUGUCGGCCGCAAUAUAUGGUAUGAUCAAAGCCAAUAAAGUGGUUCCAUUUGCCUACAAAUACAAAAUAGUAAAUGAGAUUAUCUUGCUUUUAUAUUGCAAAUAAAGUUUGAAAAUAUAGUAUUUAAAAAGUGGUGUGAUGUAAGAGUAAACAAACAAAAAAUGAAAAUUAAUACGAUACUAUAUAAUAAGGUACUGCGUAAUGUACAAGAUUAAACGUAGACUGAAUUUAAUAACAAUGUGAACGCGUGCUUUUACACGAAUGCAUAACGAACACCAUCUACCGAAACGGAGCAGAACCAUAGCAUCAAAUGAAAACGAAAGAGACGGAUGAAUAGCCAUAAGACUAUCACGCGGUAACCGAUCAACUCAGAACGUGCAACAAUACACUCUCACUCACUCACUCACCAAAUGAAGCGUUUGACAACAAAUGCGUACAUAUGAACAGAGCCCGGUUUGCUGUGUCGCUCUGACAUAUACACACAUUUCUAUGUUAGUACGAUUUUGGUUUGAAUGACAGAUGAAUGCUGAACGGAGAGCAUACCACUGAAACAACAAUUCGAUUCAAGACUAAAAUCGAUUUUUUUGUUUAAACGAAAAAUAUUGUAAUUGUUCUUAUUUUGGUUCAUCUCAAUAUUUGGUUGAAAAAUUGUAUAAAAAUUAAAUGAAAGCAAUUGUAUCAAUUAAAAGUGGAAAUGCUUUAGGACGAAGAAAAAUCAACAAAAGUGUGAGAGAGGAAAAUUGAUUGAAACACCAAAAUUGUGCGAAUUGAAAAAAAAUCCAUCCUCUCACAUAAUGGCCACCAUUGUAUGAAAAUUGGAUCAAUUUCUAGCGUUUUUUUUUAAAUUGUUAUUUGCUGUAGCUUGUUUUGCACACACACUCAUCAUACAAAUGACGCGUCAGCCACAUACGUAGCGAGAUGGAAGAAGCGAAAUUGAAAUACGAACAGCUGACAAAAGACAUUCCGUUUUUGGAAAAAUUUUCGGAAAUUACCAAAAUACAAGCGAAGGACAACCACGAGUAUGCGAGCAAAUACCAAAAAGCUACAUAUCUGCUUAAUAUACUAAAAAAUGGCUUCCAAAGCAAAUAUAACGUUAAUUUCUUGCAAAAGAUAGAAAACGGUUUGAAAGGUAUAAAAAAUCAAAUAACCUCCCGUAUAACUUCAUCUCACAUUAAACCAGAGAAAAUUGAAUCAGAAAAUUCAGUGAAAAUGGAAAAUAACUUUCAAUCGCCAGAAAGUCCGCCCAUGUAUUCUGAUUUUAAAAAUGAAACUGAACCGAUAACGAUUCCAACUGAAAGGCGCGAUAGUAAUAGCUAUUAUUAUGAUUCGUUGCCGGGUACAUCGAACGAUGCGCGUCGCAGUGAUCCAUGGCGUCGUGAUAAAUAUGAUGAUUACAAGCGAUUCAAUGAUCGAAAAUACCGUGGACGAAGUCGAAGCCGAAGCAGAAGUCGUAGCAGAAGUCGUAGCAGAAGUCCAGGUUAUUAUGAUAGGAGACAUGAUAAAAAACGGUUUCGGUAUAGCCGAAGUAACAGUCGCGAAAGGGAUAGAAAAGGACGUUCCCGAAGUCGUGAGAGAGGAUACGAUCGAUCUCGUAGCCCGUCUUAUCGUCGUGCCACCUCACCGUAUCAAAGAAGAUCAAAAAGUCCACAAAAUCGCCAUCGUUCGGAUCGCAGAGAUGACAGACGAUACGAUAGAGAUCGCAAUUAUGAUAACAAAAAGGGCAUUAAAUUAGAAACGGAGUCGGAUUAUAGACGAGAUUCAAAAAAACAAACCCAACAAGAUAUAUUGAAUCGAAGAGAUAAUUAUGAUGAAAUACCAACGUCAUCAUCGACUCGAUAUCCAAAUCCAGCGAAUCGUUUCGCUCGUCAGAUUAGUAAUAUUAAGCCGGAAUAUACCAGAGAAACGAAGCCAUUUGCAGCAUCGGCAAACCGAUUCGGUAAUCGUCAAUCAAAUCCGGUUGAAGAUUUGGAUCUGCGUCGCAACUUUAUCAAAGACGAAGAAGUCGAUGAAGCGAAUCGAAAAGCAAAAGAAUUAUUUGGUAGCACUAACAGUUCACUAGAACUAAGAAAACAAUUAGAUGAUAUCAACAAUGUUAAGGAAUUCAUUAAAGAGGCCAAUUCUAUUACUCACGCCAACAUAAUGAAAGAUCUUAAAGAUAAAAUGUUUGACGAUAUUGACGAUAAUGAAGAUAAUGAACCAAUCAAUAACUUGAAUGAAUCACGAGAUGAUACUUCAAAUGUACAAAUUGGGGUUCGAAAAGACCUUCGAAGUGUUGCGCCUGUUGAAAAUGUUGUUCGUAACGAGACGCAUAGAGUGGCACAUCCUGUUGCUCGGAAUGAUAUUCGAAACGAUGACUGGAAUGAUGUUCGUAACGAGACGCAUAGAGAGGCACAUCCUGUUGCUCGGAAUGAUAUUCGAAACGAUGACUGGAACAAUGUUCGGAAUGAUAAAAAUAUUGGGGGCCAACGUGGGCCCGAUGGUCGAUUUGAUAAUCGAGCACAAUUACAUCGAACUGAUCGAAUAGAUAUUCGAACCGAAAUGCAUCGAAAUGAGAGAAUCGAAAAUCGAUUAGAGAACCAUCAAAAUGAGCGAAUGGACGAUCGAAUGGAAAAUCAUCAAAUUCACCGAAUUAAUUUUGGUCGAGCCGAAAGCCAACCAGAAAAUCAAAAUUCAUCAGUUCCAAUAUCAUCACCAACUCCAGUCCGUAGUGAAGAACGUAUUGCAUUGUCGGACAAAUUCAAGCGGCGAAAACGGUUGGACGAAUCAAAUCCAACUGAAAAUAUUGAAUCGAUGGAAUCACGCGAUGCACGAAAUGUCAACAUACAGCAAACACAACAAGAUCCGCGCUUACGUUAUCGCCCGAAUGCAAAUAUGCCAAAACCUGAUGUUAGUUUUGAGCAAUUUAUGUCAUUUGGAAACCAACAACAAACGCAACAACCCAUUCAUCAUCCGCCAAUACAAAAUUCGUUUGGAAACAAUUUCAAUCGGAACCAUGUAAACACUCCAGAAUCGUAUCCGCCACAGCGACCAUUUUACAAUGAACCAUUCAAUCCACAACCACAUCAACCGCAAGGUCACUCCCAAGUUCAUCCACCGCAAGUUCCACCACAAGUUCAUCCUCAUCACCAGCAACAACAACAACAACUACCGCAUUAUCCACAUCGACCUGGGCCAAAUAAUUAUAAUGCAAACAUUGGCUGUGGACCGAAUUCAAUGCCACAGCAUUCUCGCAUGAAUCAAUAUUCACAAAGUCCAAAUAUGAAUCAGCAUCAACACCAACCACGCAAUCAUCAUCAACGUCAGCAUCAAGAUAAUCGUCACAAAGAUACAUAUGCAGAGUGGAAGCGUCGCAGAGACGAGCAACGCGAAUUGGAAGAGAAAAAGAGAGCUGCUACCGCAGCUGCUUCUGUAACGAGUACAACAGCUCAAAAAACGACCAGUGAACAAAAUAAAGAGCAAAGCUCACAAUCUCCAAGCGACAGUCCGAAUCAAACUGAAACAACACCGAGCAAAGACAGUGAAAAAGUAAAGACACCAAACUCAGUUAAAAAGACUAUUUUCGACAAAGCAUUUCGUGGUAAUAAUUGGGAGGUUAUACCACAGCCUGUCAACAAGUAUAAAAUUCCAAAACUUGGCAGAUCAAAUUCAGACAUUAGUAAAUCGGAUGCGUCUGAAAAUAAUGUUUCGACAUCGACCAAAACUGGAAAAGUUAAUAAAUCUUCGUCAGAUGCACACAUGAAUCGCAGAAAAUCCGCAGAGACAAGUGAUAAGCGUAAAUCGUCAGAUGCCAAGAAAACAACGAAGGAGAAAGAGAAGGAGAAGAAAACUGAUAAGAAAUCGAGUGAAAGUAACCAAAUUCAUGCUGAUACCACUAUGAACACUGAUUCCGAAGUAAAUACCACAGAAAACCCGCCCGAAACACAACCAGAACAACCAAAGAAAAAAUCGAUUGACAGCUUUGGAGACAUUGAUAUUUUGAGAUUAAUUGAGGAGAAAUUCCCACAAAAAGCGGCCGAAAUCAAGAAACUUAUACAUGACGACGAUCACACGCAUGAUGAUGCGGUAACUAGUUCAACGCAACCAGGAUCAAGUAAUGCUGAUGGUGAUGCAACAAACAAAACACCAAAAUCCAAUCAGUCUAAUGAUGACGUCACAAAAACGCCAAAACGAACAAAGAAACAAUAUCUCAACGAAUUGGAUCGAUUGAAUGCGGACAUUCGCGAAAAUUAUCCAGACGUAUUGAACGCAACUGGAAGACGAGCAUGUACUCAGAAAAGUAAUGAAACUUCACCAGUCAAAGCACCAAAAAGUGUGGAAAAACCAAAACCAUCAACAGAUCGUAAAAACGAUGAAAAGCCUCAAUAUGAAAAUGAUAAACCAAGGGCACGAAUCUCUCAACGACGUAAUACAACAAUCGAUUCAAGGCCAUCUGAUUGUGAAGAGAGUACUCCAUCGGAGAGUACAGAAGGAAUUAAAGUUGCAAAACGCAUCCUAUGUCGACGUGGUACCGUUUGCCAGCCAAUCCGUAUCAAUCCAAGUGAUUCUGAUGGAGAGUCUAAAGCGUCCAAUGCGUCCAAUGCGUCUAAAGAGCCUAAUAAAAGAAAACCGGGCCCAAAAAGUGCUACAACCGAAAAUGUGGAUAAUCAAUCGAUACCCAAUUUAUCGCAAUGCACAGUUGUGCUGACACAGCUUAAUGAUAACGAUAUGCAGCGCAUAACACGAUCUGGCAAACGAAAGGCUGAACAAAUUGAUCAGAGCGCCAAAGGUGAAUUAACGAAUGAAGCACAAAAAGAACCAAUACCGAAGAAUGAUAGUUCAAAAGCAGCAAAACGACCAAGAGCCGAUGGAAAGAACACAGAUCCAACAAUGACCACCAAAUCGAAAUUUUGUCACAUUUGUGAAAAACAAUUUCCGUAUCUAUCAAGUCAUUACGCCAAUAUGCAUGAAGGCAUGGAAGUGUUUAGUGCUCGAAUGUCGCCGCAAAAUUCGGAUCUUCUACGAAAAGGUCCGGCCAAAGAGGGCGUACAUAAAAAGUCCAAAAUAUUGGCGCACUGUUAUUACUGUGAAAAAGAUGUGAAUACCGAUCGUUCAAGUUGGGUAAACCAUUUCAUUCGACAUACCGGCGAAUACACUCGAAAUUGUGUCAAAUGCGGAGUAGAAGUGACAUCAAAAACCGAUAAAACCGAAUGCAAUCAUCCGGAUCCGAAGCUUUUGCCAAAAACUGAAUUUGGUGAUACGCUUUUUGUGUACAUGUGCAAAUUAUGCAAUUACACACAAUAUCAAGAAGAAAAUUUGAUAAAUCACAUUCGUAACACACAUGAAAUCAAUUCAAAUGUUAACAACCAAUAUGAAAAAAUAAUUUUGAUUCCGAAUUUGCGAAAAGCGAAAUCUCGAACGAAUCAACGGCUUCAGUCGUCAAUAAGCGAAACUGGAACAAUCACCGUUUCCGAAGAAUUGGCAAAUCAAGAUGUUUUCAAAUCAUCAUCGAAUCAAGAUGAUGAUGUCAAUUCGGAUGCUUUCAAACUCAUUAAAGAGAACACAUUUAGUAAUUCGAGUAGUGUACCAUCAACUAGUAGUAACACAAUAGCCGAUCGAUUGACUCAACGAUUCAAAAAACAACAAGAAAAAAUCGCUGUCGUGAAACAGGAACCGGAUGGAUAUGAUAUGGUUUUUCGUGAUAUGGAUGAAAUAUCCGGAACUGCUAAACAACAAACCGACAACGAAUCAUCACAAAAAAAUCCGCUUCAUGAGGGUGGUGUCAUUGAAAAUGGGUGCAAAAUUGAAUUGAAUAAACCACAAGCCAGUGGCACAUCGGGCAUUCAAUCAAUUGAUUUGGAAGAAUUCGAUGAUCCGAAUUGGGAAAGUUGCUCAUCUGAGGAAGUCGACGAAGAAGAUGAAGGUGUUCCACAAUCGAACACAUUGCACAAUUUGAAUAUGUUAAUUAAGCGCAAGCCAAAGGUCAACAAACGAGUUAAACCAAAGAAACGUCCCGACAAAUCACUUUUGACCUCAUUGAAAAAGGAAAAACCAGACGAAGUGAUCGAUUUGAACAAAGACAUUAAAACGGAGAAAUCACCAAUCAAAUUACCACCCAUCACAAUUCAACCCGUUGCAAGCGGUCAAAAACGUGUUGAUAACAUUGCAUGUACGGAAUGUUUGGGCUCACAACGAUUCAACUGCUACAUAGGUAACUGUGAUUUCCUGUCGGUGAACAAUCCCAAUUCAUUGGCAACACAUUUACGUACAAAACAUCAAACCGAACGAUGGAACGGCUAUUGUCAUAAAUGUGAUGAACAGAUUUUAAUCGGUAAAUACUCAUUAAUGAGAGAGUACGACCAUUUGACGAGUCACCAUGUUGAAAAUUUCAAUAAACCACUUCAACGAACUGCCGAAACUCCAAAACCACCAGCUGCAAAAACACCGCCAGUUGUCAACACACCGCCGGUUAUACCACAAUCAGUACCAAUGCAACCGGAAAAGCAAAAAUUACCAGCAGAAGAACCACAACAAGCCCAACCGGUGCGCACACCAAUGAUUCGAGUUCGUCGUUUUUCGGGUGAUAAUUUCCGUAAGGUAGAAGAGCCCAUAUCAGCACCGUCAACAUCAACAUUUAGUUUUAUUGCACCACAAAUAGCAAAUGUGAUGACGAUGACAAAUAAUCCAGUUGAAAAUGUUAUGACGGACAAUCAAAGUACGGACCAAUUUUAUGGCGAUAAUCCAUUGAAGCCAUGGACAAAAUGUAUUAAUACGAAAACUGAAAUGGCCGAAAAUCGAUUGAAAAGAGAUUGCUCAUUGAUUGCACUUUUCAAGUGCAUGGCAAAUGAUUGCAUAUUCACAACGUCCAAUAAAGAAAAAAUGUUAGAACAUUUGCAACAUCACGAAGAUUUCCUUGCAAAUCAAGCGUCGUACAGCAAACAUCAUAGCAAUCAAGAUGACUCAAGUUGGCUGGAGUGUUGUUAUUGUGAAGAAAUUCCUGGUUCAUGUGGUACACUGGUCGAACAUAUUCUCGAAGAGCAUGAGACGAGCAUUUUUCAAUGUCCGUACUGCUUUUAUCGUUCGGUCGAUCGCAACAAUGUCAGUUCACAUUUUACACAUUAUCACAAAGAUCGAGAAGAUAUGUUCAUAUACGUUUGUGGAACGGACACAAUAAGUUUACAGGACGAAAUCAAUGAAUUAGUGCGAGCGCGAAAUGAACGUGUUAAAAUUAUGCCGUGCUCAGAAAGUGAUUGUAACGAAACGUUCAUGCAUUUGAUUGACUUUAAUAGACAUAUACGAACAAAGCAUAGUGGUAAAUCAUCUUACCGAUGUCCAAUGUGUCCGAGAAUUUUAAAAAUGACCAACGGUGGUGAUCUCGAUCCGAAACAUUUACAAGAGCAUGGCUUCAUUUUGACCCAUUGUGCAUACUGUUCAUUGAAUUUUGCCGAUGUUUUAUCGAUGCAUGUCCACUUACGUGACGAACAUCCCACAAAAUUGCCAUACGCAUUCGUACGUAUGCCAAAUGGUUUGUCUACUUCGCAUCAUAAAGCGUCCAUCGCUUACUUUGGCAGCGAGGUGAAUAAUGAACAUGAUUUAGUGUGUCCAACAUUAAGUGAAAACCAAGUGAAUUAUAUGAAUCCAUCUCUAUCUGAAUAUUCAUCAAAUACAUGUGAUCCACCCGAUCCAUUGAUUAAUUCAAGAAUGUUUGUCGAUAAGGAAAAAUUCCAUACAGCACAAAAACUGGACGAAUUUCAAACAAAAAAUGUUUACGACGAACAUGGCAUCAAACAUAUCGAUCAAUUAAUCUCAAAUUCACAUUCAUUCAGCGAAACUGUUUCGUCCAAUCCAGUCGUACAAACGGAUCAUGAUGAUAUUAUACAAAAUGAAGUCGAUUUAGCGGCUAGCGAACUUGUGAAUAAUACUGGCGUUGAGAUUCACGAAUUGUAUCGAUGCGGUUUUGAAAAUUGUACUUGGGUUCGAUCGGAUGAUAGGGAAUUUUUGAUGCAUUUGUCACAGCAUCGAAGUGAUGAUGCUAUUUAUACAUGUUUUCAUUGUAAAAAAUCGUAUCAGCUGCCAAUCGAACUGAAAGAUCAUAUCAAAGAGCAUUUAAAACAUCGAUUCUUCUGUUUCUAUUGCGAUAUGACAGCAUCAACGCAAGAAGCAAUAAAUAGUCACUUCAGAGUCACACACAAAAACAAUGACGUCAAUUUUAUCGCAUUAAAUCCACUUAAUUAUGAUUUUGCCAAGGAUUUAUUUGUCGUAUGCCCGAAAAAUGCCGUAUUGAUGGAGUUCAAUAAUACAAUAAUAAAUCGUGCAAGUGAUAGACUGGAAGGAAAAACAUCGUACAUGCCCGAUGAAAUCAAUUUGUUGCCAAAACGGCAAAUCUUUGAAAAAGAUAUUCAAUGCGGCCGAUGUCACUUUGCGAACAAAGUUCGAUUGAACUUAAUUCGACAUUUUAAAAAUGGAUGCACCGAACAACAAGCACCCGUAAAUCCUGUUCCCUGUUUGAACAGUAGCGAACGACAUUUUGACAAAAUGCGAAAUUUGGCAGCAAGCUCAAAUUCAUCAAAUGCAUUCAAUGUUGGUUCGGGCUUGGGUAAAUUUGUACCAGAAGCACAACGUUAUGUAUGCGGAGCCAAAUCAUGUAAAUACCAAACGUGUUCAGCGGACAUGCUUCAAGGACACAUUGUAACGUUGCAUGCAUCGGAAAGAGAAUUUAUGUGUCCACAUUGUAGCGAAGAUCUAAGCAAUAACACAUCGGCCACUGAAAUAUUAAAUCAUUUGCGAUAUCACGAAUCAAAGAUUUUCAAGUGUCCCAAUUGUAAUUUCAUACAUUACCUUAAGCCUCACGUCGAAAAGCACAUCACCGAUAUACAUCCAACAUCAAAAGAUCGUGCAAUCCUAUUGGAACGUCCAAUCAAAGUGGUGGCACCUGUUAAACAACCACCAAAAUCAGUCACGUACAAAUUUAAUUGCAAUAUUUGCUCGAAAGUAUUCAAUACACAACAAUUGGUGAAAACACAUCUCAGUAGUGUACAUCGCUUGUCGUUUAAAUUCAAGUGCAUGUUAUGCUCAUUCACACAGGACACCAAAACAACGGUCAAAGACCAUUUGCUCACCGUGCAUGGUGAAAGCGAUCCAAUGAAAAUUAAAAGCCAUUACGAUCGAAUUGAGAGCGAAGCUGACAACUCGCCCAUAUGGCGUCGAAAUGAUCCAACUCGGGUGAAACACAUUCGAGGCAUCCUCUUUGAUGAUGCUGAAAAAUCGGGCGGUAAGUCGAUCAAAAAUCAAUCCAUUCAUUUGGAAAUAAAACCAGUUAAAUUUACAAAACCAACAUCAACGGCAACAGUGACAAGCGGCAAAAAAGCCAGAUCAACUCAAGACGAUUCGGCUGUAUCUUAUCUCAAGAUGUCGACCAAAGAGCCAACCAAUCGUGUUAUUCAAAAUAAGUUCGAUCCCGUUUCACGUAGUAACAUUGAAAGUGAUCGUUUUGUAAUUCUACCUCCAAAGGAAAAUGUUGAAGAGAAUCGACCUCGGCCGGCCAGCUUAAGACAGCAGCCAAAACGGCGUUUCUCCACUUACAUUCCAUCCCCUCCCGAUAUGCAACCAUCGACAUCAACAUCAUCACAGCCGCCAAUUUCAUUGCGUCUAAAACGUGUCAGCGAUCCAUUGUCCGACGAACAAAAGAUGCCACCGCCAAAACUAUUCAAGCCACUGCCGCCGGUGAAAAAAGUUGAAAAAGUCGAUCUAACCACAUUGGAUUUGAUUUACGUGUGCAAUUAUUGUAAAAUUCAAUUCAAUACAUUUGACGAAAUUUACAAUCAUUGGUUGAGCGUUCACAAAAAAGCAAAGAGUGAUGUAACUGCGCAACGAUUUUGUUAUCGUGUGACACAACGUGUGAGAUGUCUGUUGUGUAUGGCAAAUGUUACGUUCCAAACGAUUCGAACGCACAUGGAAAACAUCCAUAAAGAUGAACAAUUUGCAUUUGGUAAAUACGAAAAAUAUCCAAGCAAUAGAAUACAGUGUGGAAUCUGUUCAACGAGCGUACAAAGUUUACCACAAUUGCAAACACAUUUCCUUAUGAAUCAUCCACAAAGUCAACGAUCCGAUAUGAAAAUCGAGCCGCUGCCACUGCUCAAUGAUGCAAUUUUGGAAGCGUUGCUACAACAAGGCGAAAAGGGAACAUUUAAAUGUGGUUAUUGUCAUCAACACUUCCCGUGCCGUUAUGAUUAUGAUCAACAUCAUAUGGCCGUGCACGGUUCAAAUCCAAAACGUUUCGAUACCAAUGGAAAGGAUGUCAUCAAGUAUGUGUGCAAUGUGUGCCGUCAAAUACAAACCGACGAAAAUAAUGCAAUCGUUCAUUCACGCGAACACGUUCAACAAUGGUAUCAAUGCCUUUAUUGCCCAAAAAAAGUCCAAUAUAUAGCAUUGAUAAAAACACAUCACGAUUUACUUCAUACCGAUAAGAAAAUUGGAUUCCGCGUUGUUAACGCACGUGACAAUCUAAGUCUUUUCUAUCAAAUGACUUUAAUCUUUUCAAAUGGUUUGGCUAUGACGUGGGGCGAUGUAUUGAACACAAAAUAUGGCGGUGUUGAACGUUUGGUUAAGUAUAUCAACGAACUGAACGAAGUACAACGGCGAGAGCAAUUAAAGCUGCUAGAACCGAAAAAUCCAGCAACAAAUGCAUCACAACAAGCUUGUGCUGGCAGAGUUAGAAAUAGACGACAAACUCAUUUGUAAAUACAACUCAGAUUCAAACGAACAAAAACAAAAUAUAUUUUUUUUUAAAUUUAAUAUUUUAAACCGAAUUAUGGAUAGAUUUUAAGUUUAAAAAUAUCAUUUUAAAAUUCUAGAUGAAACAUGUUGACAUCAGCAUUAGCAUUUUUACAAUAUUUGUACAAAAAAAAAUUGUCAAUAAGAUUAGAUUAAUUCAUUUAGUUUCAAUUUUUGUUUGAAACAUACAUACAUAAUAAUCGAUCAAUUGCGAUCACUACGCAGCUUCAAAUUUAUUUAAAACAAAAAUGCCAUAUAAAAAAAUAGCAUGAAAAGAAAAUAGAAAUAACAUCAACUGUUUUAAUUUUAAUUGAAGUACAAAUUCGAUAAAUAUUAAAUCGAGAGAAAGAGAGGGAGAAAGAAGAAAAAAUAAAAUAUAUACUCAAUUAUUGAUAAUAUUUUUGGCAUAUAAAAAGACAACAUCUCACCGCAAAGACGAUUAGAUUUAAGAGUGGAGAAAGAAGAGGAACCAAAAAUGUCACACGUUGAAAAAUUGGAAUUUUGAAACUUCUUUGGAUUACACUUUGGACCAACAUCGACGUUUUUUUUCUUUAAUCGAGUUCAAUGGAAUCGUAUAAUUCUUUACCAUCUAUCUAUUUUUUUGUUGGUUAUGAGAAAAAAAGAGAAAAAAAACACCUUGUUUUUUUUUGUCAACUA